UUAUUUUGCAAGCAAAGAAUGAAGAAGGGGACAAAAAAAUUUCGAGAUUUUUGUCAUAGAAGAAGAUGCGACUUCAAGUUCAAGCAGCAACACUUGUGUCAUAAUUUUCUCGCUGCUUCCAUUUCCGUUUGGUUCCCGAAAAAACCCACGAAAAUGAUUGAUGCGUUACUCGAACAAUGCCGUUGUUGAAUUGUUGAGUUGAUAGCUUAGUUUGCUUAACAAUGGCGUCUGUUAGGUUUUCCCAUUUAAGACAUCUACAUAGUUCAAUCAAUGGUUCUCUUAACACGAAGCUAGUUCCACAGUACCAAAAUCACCACAAUGUAGCUAUGAACCUUGCAAGGUUGCCUUGUGAUUUGUUGUCCCGUCCUUACUCCAAAGGAGAGUCACAGUCACCUAGGGUUUUUGCUCAGAACCAGUUUACCAAUGCCUCAUUUUAUCCUAGGUCAUCUAGCUUUUGUCUCCAGGGUACUAUUCCUUUUGCUUCCAUGACCCACAUGUUGAGUAGCCGAAGUUAUUCGUCGUCGUUGGGUGGAAAUGGUAGCAAGGGUGGUGGUGACACACAAGUUUCUGCUGGUUCUGGUGUGAGUGAUAUGAAUGCUGGUGGUGGUGGUGAUUGGGCUGAGAGGGUUAAAGAUACUUGGAAGAGUGUGGUAGAGACGGCAUCGUAUGCGGGACAAAAGGUUAAAGAAGCUUCUGAUGAUCUUACUCCACAUGCUCAACAGUUGCUUGAUUCACAUCCGUAUCUUAACGCGGUGGUUAUUCCGGUUGGUGGUACUUUAACUGCUACUCUAGUAGCUUGGUUCUUGAUGCCUACGAUUUUGAGGAAAUUUCACAAAUAUGCUAUGCAAGGUCCUGUUGCUCUAAUUCCAGGAAGCUUGUUUGGGGAACCAGUUCCUUAUGAGAAAAGCUUUUGGGGUGCUCUGGAAGACCCAGUGCGAUAUCUAGUUACCUUCAUGGCAUUCUCACAAAUUGGUGUAAUGGUAGCUCCAACAACCAUAGCCUCGCAAUAUCUUGCACCAGCUUGGAGGGGUGCGGUGAUACUUUCGUUUGUAUGGUUUCUGCAUAGAUGGAAAACUAAUGUUUUUGCACGGACAUUGUCUGGUCAAAAUUCACUUGGACUUGAUAGGGAGAAAUUACUUGCUCUAGACAAAAUCUCAUCUGUUGGUCUAUUUGUGAUUGGUAUAAUGGCUUUGGCUGAGGCUUGUGGUGUGGCUGUGCAAUCUAUUGUAACUGUUGGUGGUAUAGGAGGAGUGGCGAGUGCUUUUGCUGCCAGAGAUAUUCUUGGCAAUGUGUUCAGUGGUUUAUCUAUGCAGUUUUCUAAGCCCUUUUCAAUUGGAGAUACAAUAAAAGCUGGCUCGAUAGAGGGUCAAGUGGUGGAAAUGGGUCUUACUACCACAUCUUUACUGAGUGCUGAGAAGUUCCCAGUCAUAGUGCCAAACUCCUUAUUCUCUAGCCAGGUCAUUGUGAACAAAUCCCGUGCUGAAUACCGUGCCAUUAUUACGAAAAUUCCUCUGCAAAUUGAGGAUUUAAGUAAGAUUCCUCAGAUAUCAGGCGAUGUAAAAAACAUGUUAACAUCAAAUGCGAAGGUUUUCCUAGGAAAAGAUGUUCCCUACUGUUUCUUGUCGCGAGUAGAAAGUUCAUAUGCAGAAUUGACUCUUGGAUACAACCUCAAGCACAUGCGCAAAGAUGAGUUAUACUCUGCAGAACAAGAUAUUCUCCUGCAGGCCGUUCAGAUCAUUAAAAAUCAUGGGAUUGCCCUUGGCAGCACAGGGCAGGGCAUGUCUACUAUGUAAUGAUGACAAUUUUACUAGUACAAGCUUUGCAGGGAUACUCAUUUUUGUCAUUGGUUGCAGCCAAAUUAAUUUUGUAACUAAUACUAGUUGGGCCUGUAUAGUUGGAUCAUUUGGCUUCAGGUUUUAAUUGAUUUACUAAACAAUUUAAAAUUUUACAUCUAUGACUAUGAGUGAGUUCUAUAGUA